AUGGCUUCCAUCACAACAGACGCCAUAGACUUCACGCUCAUGGCUGAGGCUCAACGAUCGGAUGGCGAACUUCCCCAAUACCGCCACGAGAACUCUUCUUUACGCCUUCAAGAUGUCCCCCUUCCCACUGGCACAGGCAACAUCACGUGUGACCUUUCUACCGGACACGAACGUCCUUUUGUUCCAGCAACUUUACGACGACGAGUGUUCAACGCUCUUCACAAUCUAUCCCACCCUGGAGUCCGGGCGACAGUGAAACUCAUCACUGACCGAUUCGUCUGGCCCAACAUCAACCGGGAUGUACGGCGUUGGACCCGCUCCUGUCUACCAUGUCAACGAGCCAAAACGCAUCGGCAUACCAUUACUCCGCCAGGAACUUUCGCCACUCCUGAUGCACGCUUCAGUCAUGUGCAUAUUGACCUGGUAGAUCCGCUGCCACCAUCUAACGGUUCUACCUAUAUGCUGACAUGUAUUGAUCGCUUUACUCGGUGGCCGGUUGCUGCGCCCAUUCCGGACAUCAGUGCCGAAACCGUAGCAAGAGCUUUCUUGACUCAUUGGGUGUCCAAUUUUGGAGUUCCUGCGACUGUCACCACUGACCGCGGAUCCCAAUUCGAGUCCACGCUGUUUCGCGAACUCACAUCCCUUCUCGGUACCAACCGAAUCCGAACAACAGCGUACCACCCUCAAGCAAAUGGUCUCGUCGAACGCUUCCAUCGACAGCUCAAAACUUCCCUUAUGGCCCAGCCAAAUCCUUCCCGAUGGUCGGAUCACCUUCCCCUGGUGCUGUUAUCCCUCCGUUCCACUCUCAAGGCCGACAUUGGUUGCACUGCAGCUGAUCUUGUCUACGGAACCUCCCUCCGACUGCCCGGUGAGUUAGUGUCUCCCUCAAACAUGCUAACGUUUUUUGAACCUUGCAGUUAUGUGGAGCAGCUGCGUAGUGUCAUGCGCAAUCUCCGCGCAACGCCCCCUCGGGCGUCACCGGCCAAUUCCUUCAUCCCUCCCGACCUAGAUAAGUGCAAUUUCGUCUUGGUUCGGCAUGACGCUGUCCGACGACCACUCCAACCACCCUAUGACGGGCCGUAUAAAGUCCUUCGUCGAUCUGACAAAGAUGUUGUCAUCGACCGCAACGGCAAGACCGACACAGUCAGCAUUGAUCGCGUCAAGCCGGCGUUCAUCGACAACAGUGACUAUUCCUCACCCCAACACUGUACCCCGCCGCAAACAGUGCUACCUCCACCUACUGGCGACAGCCCCCCUCCGGUUCGCCGCACACGAUCUGGUCGUCACGUCCACUGGCCCGACAGGUUUGUUGCUGGCUAG